AUGGCCUUGCCGCGCGCCGCACGGUGGCCGCCGCCGCUUCUGCUGCUGCUGCUGCUGCUGCUGCCGGCCCCCCCCGGGACGCGGGGCCAGCCGCCCCCCUUGGCCCGCCGCGCGCCGAGCCGGGCACCCCUGGCGGGCACCCCGCUGGCGCGGCCCCCGGAGCCCGGCCCGGAGCGCGAGCUGCAGCCGCCGCCCAAGCCGCCCCGGGAGCGCCGCGGGCCCGCGCCCCCUGACCCCAGCCAGCUGGCCCCCGCGCCGGGCGCCGCGACGCGGCGGGGACCCUCGGGCCGGGUCCCCCGAGGCAGGAGCGCGGCUGCUAUGAGAGGCCAUUGGCCAGAAAGUAACAGUGAACCCCAUGUAGAAAACAUCACCUUUGAUCAGAACCAAGUGGACUUUUCAACAGUGACCUCCAAAGAGGUUGUUCUUGUUCAGACCUUUGGAAAGAACCAUGCUUCUUCAGAUGCUACAGAAAACUUCUCUCUACAAACUGAAACAGCAAAUGCUGAAGGCAGAAAUGACUUUUCAAGGAGAACAAAUUUCACCAUUUCUCUUGAAGGCCCUGAGAUAGCAACAGUUCUGACAUCCCAGAGCAGCACCUUGGCUUUGGGAAGGCCUCGCCUGCCAUCCAGCAGUUCAGGAUCAGAAGGUAGAACUAUCCCUUCUCAAGAGGAGAGCAGGACACCCCAGGGAACCCUGGUGCGGGGGAUGGGGCUCCCAGAAGAAGCGACCUCGCACACCCAUGUGGCUGCCACUUCGGUUGUGAGCCAGUCCUCUGCUCCUGCUUUGGAGAUGGGAGAAGAGACCACAGUCUCCAGGAAGAGCAACUCCUUGCGAACAGAGCGCUCCUGGGCCUAUUUUUCCAGGACUUCCUCCCCUGACUCUGACCAUGUCUCUUCAUCUAGAAUUAUGGAAGAGUUUAAUACCACUGCUCUCCAAGGCUCCUCCAUCAGGCAGACAGUGGGAGUGCAUGUCGCCACCGCAUUCCCUGAUGGUGUCCCAGAAACUGUCAGUAUGGAACCUCUAAACAAGACUGAAACUUUCCCUGAGGACUUCAGAAUUGCCACAGCCUCAGCAUCAGUCCAUUCUUCACCCUCUGAGGCAGAAUUGAGAAGAAACAGUGGAGCCAUCGGUAAUAUGGAAGGUGGGAAAUUCAUCGAGCAAUCCACAGAAAAUGCAUUUGGCCUUACGUCUUCUGAGGUCUCGGUAGGAUUUUGGCAAAAUGAUUCCCCAACUUCGGGUGGUCGUCAGCUUGUCAGCAGCUCUGAUGUGGCGAGCAGAAGUGGGGCGUCGCAGACAGAGGCAGUGUCCAGGCCAAUCCCUUCAGUGAGAGGUGGAGAGAGAACAGCUCCCUGGUUCCUGACGGAGAGCGAAACAUUUACAGAUGUGACAGGAAGCUCUACUUCCUAUCCUGAAGUUGUGAAUGCUUCAGUUUUGACCCAAUUCUCAGCUUCUGCCCCACAGUCCAGAGGAAGUGACACAACACUGCACGAGAGGAAUUACUCUGAACCAUCCGCCCGGUUUCUGUCUUCAUCUUCCUCAGAAAGCCUGGAUUUCUCAGCAGCACCACGUGCCACUGAAGAUGGCCCCAAGCUGGGGGCCAGCUCUGAUGUGGAGGAGCGGACACCCAAGGGGACUUCUGGUGCUCGAGCUCUGGGCACACACACGUCAGCUACUUUCACUGGAAGCGGAGAGCGCAUGCUACGGUCUCUCACCAAUGGAAGCACGACUUCCAGGGGAGAGGGGCGCUCUGCGGCCGACCCAGAAACAGAGAGUGCCACGCACGGGGACACGACAGUGACUGGUGAUGCCCACCUGGUGUCAGGCUCCCUGCCCGUCUCACAAGUCCUUGGAGUCACUGGCGUCAGCAGCGAUCAAGUGAGUGGCACAGACAUUGAGCAGAGGACUUCCAGUGACCUCACAGACCACACCUACGUUUCAUCUACUUUCACCAAAGGAGAACGGGCAUUACUGUCCAUUACAGACAACAGCUCAUCCUCAGACAUGAGGGAGAGUUCCACUUCCGUUCAGAUCUCAAACUUUUCACAGUCAGACCAUUCUUCCUCUUCUCUGGUCCACGUGGGAAGAGAGAAAGUCUCACCCGAUGUGGGGGAAUAUGCUCAACCUUCCACAGAGUCACUGGUUGUGCGCACGGCCCACCCUCCAUCCUACACACCCACCGUUCAUGUGGAAGACACCUGGGUUCUUCUGGACGCUGAUGCUGGACCGGUUGGCAACUCAUCUUCUUCAGGGUCCUUGUUGCCUCUGCCGUCAGUGUCACAGUCCUACCAACCAUUCUCAUCAUUGUCAUCCACCAGGGCCACCACUCACCCACAGCAGUCCACCCCCAGGACUCCCCCACCUUUAUCAUCCUCACCACCACCUUCACCAGUAUCCAUGACCACGUCGACCUCUGUGUCCAUAUCCCAAACAACCUCACCACUGUCACUUUCUACCGUGAUUCUGCCCAGGGCCAGGGACACGCCUGUGACUUCAGUUCGUGUAUCAACAGUGGCCUCAUCUGUGGCCAUGCUCCCCAGUAGUCAGACGACAGGCUCUACGAACCAGAGCGGCUCACACCAUGAGAAAAUCAUGACGGAUUCAAAGCUACCAAACCCAGUGUCUCUGCCCACGGAGGCCACCAAAGCUGUAACAGUGAGCUCCACUUCAGGGAUUCCUCUGCCUCCGGCCUUAACAGAGUUCUCUCCUGAGCACACCCUUCCAGUCACAAGCACCAGCUCAGCCCAAACAUAUCCAAGUUUGACAACCUCCGCUCCCAAGACCUCUCCUUCUCCCGGGCCCACUGCCAGCCCCCCAUCAAGCAUAGCAGCUCCGACAGCUGGCCCCACCACGGUACAGGCUACAUCUGGAAAACCACCUGUGCCAACCAGUCCUGAAAUUCUAGUGUCACGUAGCUCAAGAGAAGGUGCGACCACUACACGAGGGGACCCAGAGCAUCUAGAUGCUACCACCCAAUUGGUCCCCCUGAUCAGUAUACCUACAACAGCAAGAGACGUGACAACAGGGCUUGGCACUGGAGAUGAAUACAGUCCAGCUUCACAUUUCCUCAGGACGUCUCCUUCCCAAACCACAGAUGUUUCCAUGCCUGAAAUGUCGCCUCCUCGGUCUCAGAGCAGCACACAGUCACCCGUGGCUUUGUCGUCUCCAGCCUCAGUUAACAGCUGUGCCACUAACCCUUGUCUCCAUGAUGGGAAAUGCCUUGUGGACCCCACCAGCCGUGGGUAUCGUUGCAUAUGCUCACCUUCCUGGCAAGGGGAUGACUGCAGUGUGGAUGUGAAUGAAUGUCUCCUGAGCCCCUGCCCGCCCCUAGCCAUGUGCAACAAUACUCAGGGAUCCUUUACCUGCAAGUGCCCAGUUGGGUACCAGUUGGAAAAAGGAAUAUGCAAUUUGGUCAGAACCUUCAUGACAGAGUUGAAAUUAAAGAAAAGUUUUCUAAAUACCACCAUGGAAAAGCACUCAGAUCUCCAUGAAUUUGAAAGUGAGAUCACUAAAAUGUUAAACAUGUGUUUUUCAAAGUUACCCGGUUAUACUCGAUCCACUGUUCAUGCUUCUAGGGAGUCUAGUGCAGCAGUCAUGUCACUGCAAACCACCUUUUCUCUGGCCUCCAAUGUGACGCUGUUCGACCUGGCCGACAAGAUGCAGAAGUGUGUCAACUCCUGCAGGUCCUCUGCUGAGGUCUGCCAGCUUUUGGGAUCUCAGAGGCGGAUCUUUAGAGCCGGCAGUUUGUGCAAGCGGAAGACUCCAGAAUGUGACAAAGAGACCUCCAUCUGCACUGAUCUGGAUGGCGUGGCGCGGUGCCAGUGCAAAUUGGGCUACUUUCAGUUCAACAAGAUGGACCACUCCUGCCGAGCCUGUGAAGACGGAUACAGGCUGGAAAAUGAGACCUGCAUGAGUUGCCCAUUCGGCCUUGGCGGUCUUAACUGUGGAAACCCCUAUCAGCUUAUCACGGUGGUGAUUGCAGCAGCUGGAGGUGGGCUUCUCCUUAUUCUAGGCAUUGCACUGAUUGUUACCUGUUGUCGAAAGAAUAAAAAUGAUAUAAGCAAGCUCAUCUUCAAAAGUGGGGAUUUCCAAAUGUCCCCAUAUGCCGAGUACCCCAAGAACCCUCGAUCACAAGAAUGGGGCCGAGAAGCUAUUGAAAUGCAUGAGAACGGGAGUACCAAGAACCUUCUCCAGAUGACAGAUGUGUAUUAUUCGCCCACAAGUGUAAGGAACCCUGAACUUGAACGAAAUGGACUCUACCCAGCCUACACUGGACUGCCUGGCUCUCGGCAUUCUUGCAUUUUCCCUGGACAGUAUAACCCAUCUUUCAUCAGUGAUGAGAGCAGGAGAAGAGACUACUUUUAAGUGCAGAGAGAAGGGGGCCAUUGCUCUGAGCUCACCGCCGGGACUGCUGUUGCUCAGAGGACUGCCCCAGGAGGGGCCGCUGCACAUUGGCUGCUCCCAGGACACACGGAGCCAUGCUUGAGCGGCAACAAAAGUGGGGACAGGUGUGAGGGGAGUGACCACAGCAGAAGGGGGCGCACGGGCCCUGCGGACGUGGGACUGCACGCUGCUCCUUCAUCACCCUCAUUGUUACUGUGAAUGUGAAUGUGGGCGGGUGGGAGCGACCACAGCAUGGCCGCUGGCUUGAGGCAUGACUGUCAGGGCAGGUCACUAGGCAUCAUUGCAAGACCCCAGUGUUUCCUUAGUUUGCACUUUAGUGAAUUGGAUAGGGAAGUCUCCUUUGGGAUUUUUUUCAAGACUGUUUUAGAAAGGACUCUUUUCCUCAGACAUUUCCUUGAACCUCAGUUUGGUGACUGUCAACAAAAUAUGGUCUUCUAUAGUUGUUUUCCUGCCUAGUAUCCACAUGCUAGACAACAGAUAAUGAUGAAAAUACCACUACAGUUUGGAGAUGCUGUAGAUCAACCUACAGUGUUUCAGUCUGUGUUAGAAUGUGCAAGCCAGUCCCCAGAAUGAGGAGUUGCAAUUUGUGAGGCACAGCACACAACUUGUUUGUUUUAUAGUCAAGGUAACACAUUGAUUUCAGAUGACUUUUCCCUUUGUGUUAAAUCUCACUUUGUCAUACAAGCCUGACUGAAUCAGGGCAAAACAACUUCCACCUGGUGCGUGUUAGGGGCCUUCAGUUGCCCUGGAGGGAGGCCUACCAGGCGUCAGCAGCAAAGGCCCUGGUGGAAGAUUUACAGAGCUACAGGUGUGGAUAGUAGGCACUUUUGUUCCUGGUGGCAUUGCAUGAUGCAGGGGUUAGGCACGGGGGGCCUCUGACCAACUUUGAGCAGAGGCUACCACCUAAGGAAUAGAAAUGGAAAGCUGAAUGUAGGUUGGGCCUGAGCUGAUAGUUCACUGCCAGGGGAAAGGCAGCUUGAUGCAGCCCCAGUCACCAAGUGUGGUUAGAGGAAUGGACUGAAUAGGUCAAUUAAAUUUCCUGAAACACCAGUGCUGGCAGAUUCCUGAGGAAGAAUAAGUAACUGGAGUGCGGGCACACGUGAGUCCACUUACCUGCUAAUAUAAUAUCUGACUGGAUCUACAGUCUCAUCCACAACUCUGUGAACUUUCAGCCACUCAAAGCUAUUUAUGACCUCUUAUCCAGUAAUGUUACCUCUUUAUAUUACCACAUAGUUCCCUCCAGAAACAUUCAUGAUUUAAGUCAGCAGUUGAGAGUUUGAGGGUUGAGAGUUUGCCUCUGGGAAGGAAAUUUCACAUGCCUUAUUUAUUAUCGCCAUGAGGUGCUCUGAGGGUGAGGGGGGUUGUGCUCAAUGUCUUUAUUGCUUGUGGAAUUGCAACUGUUCUCAUCACCUACUUUUCAACAUACUGGUUUUGGAUGAAGUGAACACAGAGGUAAAAGAAUUGUCCCCACCCAAAAGCUUGGAGCAUAAUGGCACCACUUUUUUGGAAAUGGUUCAGCCUUUGGAGACAAUUCUAUCCUGGGCAUUUGUUUCUUCACAUUCUCUAAUCUCUUCAGAAAGUUUCCGAUUCCUGUUCUUAUGUCAUCUCCGUCCUAACAGCUUUAAGUACAAACUCCUGCCUCUCAUCAUCUCCACGAGUCCCCAUCACCUGCUGCAGCAGGACUGCUAAUCAGGGGCAGCCUUCAUACUUGUUAAGUUGGACUCAAUACAAUAGAUAUAAAAGAAUGUGGUUUUUAUCAGUGGGUGCCGCCUUAAAAUGACAGCGCAUCACCUUUUUAAUAUCUUGGGUUUUGCAUCUCUCUAUGGAACUAAACAGUCAUGUGUGCCUACCGGCCUGGCAUCUUACUAGAGCUGUGGGCUCCUGCACUCAGCUCACCUGAGCUAGCAGAGCCAUGCGGUGGCCAGCUUCCUAGUUCUUGAGAUAGAUCCUUGCUCUUCCCAGGAUCCAGAGCCACCAUGGGGCCUCUUCCCAGGCGGACAUGUCUGCUGCCUUCAGCUGAUAGCGCAGCAGACAAAGCACCUCCUAGCUCAAGGCUAGAUGCUAUAAACUCUACAAAAUUAAGUGUUGUGCUCCAAAAGCAUUUUUGAGAAAAAUUCCACAGUCCAGAAAAGCGUGUCACGUAAGUACCAAGAUGCUUUCCUAUGAACAGGUUUUGCGCAGUUCAAGAUGAUUGUUUUGUUUUGUUUUUUUUUCCUUUACUGUGAAAGGAGAGGCACCUUGCAAGGUUGAGUUCAUGUAGUACCUGCAGUUUCCAGGAGCCUCGUGUGGGUGGGGCGGGCCUGUCUCAAGAAUAUGAGUAUCCGAGAAGGCACAAAAAUAGCAUGACUAUUACCCUUCAUGGGAGAGUCAGGGCGAGGCCUUCACUCCAUCUCAGGGUUAAUAUCCCAGAGGGGUCUGAGGGGCAAAGGGGAAACAACUGUAAGGCAGUGGCAGCCUGUGGACUGAGGAAUAGGCGGGAGCCCUUAGCUCUGGCGCAGAGCUCCGUGUUGGCCUCCACCCUGGCGUGACAUACAUGUGUAGGGAAAUGCUGUGGCCCUAUGUGGUCCACAAGGCCAGAGGGUGAUGGGGUAAAGGAACACAAUUGCCAUGGGUCUUCUAAACUUCUGUAGGGAAGACCAGGUGACUCAGGGCAGGACCACUCACCACUGGCCUCCAGUGUCUGUGGGUUUUAUUUAAACUCCAAGGAGUCUGUGUCUUAUCCUCUCUGCUCUAUCACUCAGCCCAGAGCACAAGAGACAAUUUAGAACUGAAUAGUCAAAAGCAGCAUGUCUCAUGUCCUGCCUGGACUAGGUUCAGUGCAAGGUGCGAGGCUCACUAUACCCUUGUGAGGUGGGCACCAUGGUGCCUGUUUCUCAGACAUGCAGCCUUCAGAGUGGAGAAAUAACUUGCCUUGGAAAGCUGGCAUUCAAACCCUUCUUCCUGGCUUGCUCACCCCACUGUACGCUCUGCCUCACCUUCGUGGCAGGGGCUCCACCAUCCUGUGUAAAGUCAAAGAGGACGAAAGAGAAUGGUCUUAAAAAAUAAGUUUUUUUUUUUUUUUUAAAGAACCUACUAUUAAGUAGUAACUAAACUAAUGCCAUGAAAUUUAAAAAAAAAGUGAAUCCUGUUUUGAAAAAGUCCUUUCAGACUUCUUAUUGCUUGUAUUUCUUGGACCCUGCAGUCAUCAUUAGUAAACGCAGGGCUGGCUUGUGCUUAGCAAGAAGUGUACUGGUGCGUAGCUCUGCAUGUAGGAGGUGAGAACACAUUCAACUGAAUGUCUUAAAUGCUGACAUUCCUUUGAUAGAUUUGUUUUCAGAAGUAGCUAACUCAUUUAGUGCCAAAAUUUCUGGAUAGUGUGAUCAAGCUGGUUGGAUAGCAUUUGAGGUCAAAAACUAAGGUGUGACUGAAGUUCUUGAAAAGAUAAAUGGGAGCACACGCCAUCACGGUACACGCUGGUUGGGCCCCCAAGAAAACAUCUUCAAAGGAGGAUGUUUGUUCAGAUGUGAAAGUUCCCAGCGCAGACCCCUGAGGGCCAUCCUCACUCAUGGCUGGUGAGUUCCUCCCUUCAUCUCCUGGCUCUCUUGUGAAGCAUCAGGCACCCUGCGACCGUGAACUCAUCCUGAAGAAGCUAGAGUGAGCAGUCCCUGUGCUUCUGGCUUAGGUUAGCCUAAUGCACCGCCAACUAGGGCAUUGACCCAUAGUUCUGAGACACUUGCACUGAUUUUGAAACUAGAGCACUUCUUUGGGGAGAGGAAAAAUGCACAGUUCAGUAUUUUGUAUCUUAUUUAGAAAUACCCUUAAUAUUGGAGAUAUUUUUUCUAUGUGAAAACUUUUGUAGGGCUCAGAGGGAUUUUUUGUUUCCUUCUUGACAAAGUGUCAUUCUGAGGUUUUGGGAAAAGAGAUACAGUUUUGUAGUUAGCUUUUGCAUAUGUGUUCUUUCUUUUUCUUCUCUCAAAUCCCCAGAGAAAGAAAUGGUUAAAUCACUAGGAAUGUUAAAAUAUGAUUGUUAAUUUGUUGUGCUUAAGUAUCUUUUUGAUGUGUUAGAAUUUGUCCUGUGUGGUAUAGACUUGGAAAAUCCUGUGAAACCAAAAGGAACAAUUCAGGCCUAAAAAGAGACUGGCUGUGUCCACUGGGCAUUUUUAAAGAGGACAUUUCAAGGAAAUCACAUGUUAGAUUCUGCUUUUUAUCAGUUUUUGGAGACAUCUAAUGUCCUUCCGGUGUAGAGUUCUUAGGUGGGAAGGAUGGGGCCACAUAGGGAUGGGACGGAAUCGACCUACCUGAGAAACACCCCACUCACUUACUCUGUACUACCUUGUUCUAUUUCUUUAAAAAGAAAGAUGUUUCAUCAUGGGUUGCUGUGGGUUUUGUUAAUGUUUGUGUUGCUGGAUUUAUGGUUAAAGGAAACAUGGCUGGAUUAUGAACAUUUUGAGUUUUCACAUUGUCUCAGAUUUCUCUUUACCAACUGUUAAACCUUAGCCCCUGGUCAAUUGUGUUCAAUUCAUAUGAGAAUGUUAUUUAAAGUUGUAUUAUAAUUGCAACCUCCACUAAUUAUUCAGUACUGUAGCAGCAAAGUAUUAUUUGUAAGAAUUUGGUUAUUUUUAUACUUAUAUCCACUAUAAGUCUGGCGUUCUAGUCAGUAAAAUGAUGCAAUAAAAUAAAUAUCAUUUUCAUUGUGUAUU